AGUUUUGAGCAAAGUUUAAACAACUAUUCUGGAGACGACCCCCUCGAUCCAUGGGACAGGUAACUUGUGCAAGCAUUGUAUAUCAUCAUCAAAGGGGGCCACCAACAAAAAGUAAACAUUAAAGAGUUAUUCAUCUGCCAUUGAUUGGAUAUUUUCACAUGCAAAUCGCACUUGGUUUGAGAGCAACAUAACUGAUUUUUUUUUUAUAUCGAAGUACUGAUGAAGCAGGCAAGCAAGCAAGUGAUUGUGAUUAGUCCUCUAUGUUUUUUGGCCAGCUUGAAUUUGUUGGUGUGUAACUCUUUACCAUACAUUUACACUUUCAGGUUUAUAGAAUGUCUAGAGAAGAGAUUACCUGCUGAAGACUCCAAAGGGAUGUCUCUUGUGCUAGAUCGUCUAGUACAAAGAUUUCUCCAAGAAGAGCGAUACACCAAUGACAUCCGA